AUGGAGCCGACACCGCUCAGCCCCCUCCCCUCCCACCAUCCCCUCGACGACCACCAAGCCAUCAGAUACGCCCUCCGUAGCGACAUGCAGCGCCUCGAGACCGAGAGGACGCUGCUGAUCUGGGGGAUCAUGCUCGCGACGGCUACGGUGAUCGCAGUGCUUCUGGGGUACAUCUACGCGGGCCUGCACGAGCGGAGACGCAAGGACGUUCGACCGAAGAGGCUGGCGAGCUACAGGCUGAGCGAGGAGGAGACUAUGGGAUGGGCAAGGCUGGAGGGCGAGAAGAGGUCACCCAGCCCGGCGGGUGAGGAGCAGAUGCCGAGGACACAACGCAGAGUAUCUCCGAGGGGAGGGGGAGGUGUGCCAGGGAUAGUGAGGACGAGCAGCGGGAGCCGAUACUACGCGAGCCUGGUCAGUCGGAAGGUGAUGAUGAGAUCAUAA